AACGCCUCGUCGCACCUGCCCGCGGGCGACAGUUAGAGCUACGCGCGCAUUCACACACGGAGCGGAACCUGAGCUGAGAGCACGAGCAGCAGAAGGGAGGAGGUCCGGUCCAAAACAGGAGCAACCCUCAUUUACUAAAGAUGGCAAGUUCCACGCUUCUGCAACGUAUUCUGAGGCCUGCUGCAGUCGCAACCCCGGUACUGGUGUUCUCCAAGGUGAUCGUCUGCGUCUUGCCCAUUGCUCAGAUUGCAAUCGGUGCAAAGUACUUGAAGGAGUGUCCGCGGCAGGACAACAUCCCCAUCUAUCUGGUGGUAAUGGGCAUGUUCGGCUUAAUGCUCACGGUGCUUUCCUGCCUGCCGUGCACGCAGGAGUCCGAAGAAGGAGCCCGCAGCACGCUUAACCGCCUGUGCGUUACGUGGAACUCCAUUGUGUCCCUCUUCCUUUUCUGCUGGUUUAUUGCAGGUAACGUGUGGAUCUACUCUAUUUACGAGCCGAGUUAUAAUAAAACGACGUCCCACAACGAGAUGUAUUGCAACAAGACGCUGUACCUGUUCGCCUUCUGGACCACCACGUUGGUCUACAUUUUUCUGGGUUUGUUCCUGGUAAUCAGCUGCUGCGUUCUUGUCUGCUUCUUCAUAUUGGGCCGAGCCGACCCUGACGAUUAGUGAGAUUUUCACACCAAUCGAUGAGGAGAUCUGUAACAAUUAUUAGAGUUCUUUUUAGAUUAUAAAGUGGAAACAGGAACACCAGACUGAGGCUUUACAAAUGAAAGAAACUGAUAAACAAGCUCAUUUCAAGCUACAUUUAACUUCAACCACACCUGCUCUUAAUUUUCUUCAUUCAUACACAAUCUACCAAACAUCCAGCAGGGGGCAGUGUUUAACAUGUGCAUCAAUAUAUAUAUAUUUAAAAAAAUCUUUCUAUCCUCAGUAUAUGUGCUUUAAAUUUGGAGGCAUUUUAUUUUUAUUUUGACUUGUGUUGACAACGUGGAGGGGAUACACUCGUUUUCUUUUCUUCUACAGGAUGCAUAGUAAUAAUUUGAGUGUGUCUGCUGGUUUGAAUAUCGAAUCGCUGUCGUGAUUUUAUUUGACUUUAAAGAAAAUGUCAAGUUGUUUACGUGUUGAGCUGAGAAUUUGGCUCAUAAUAUUUCACAGAUGAUAAGGUAACAUGUGAAACGGCUGU